CGAAACCAAAAGAAAAAAAAAAUGUUUUAAAAUAAGAAAAUCCUAGAAAUUUCACAAAUCUACCGAGAUUAGGGUUUCCAGCGAAUGCUCCUUCUCCUCCGUUUCUAGCUUCUAGGGAAGUAAAUUCUGCAAUCUCUUUGUGCACUUGAGACUGUUCGUGUUCGAGUGAGCCUUAAUCUUCGAGAAUACGAUCGAAAGGAAGGACCUUUAUUUUCGUGUAAGAUGGAUGAGGGAGAUGGGAGAGAUCAGUUCCAUCGAAACGAGGCGAUCUCCGCCGUCGCCGACGAGGGUUUUAUGGCGGAGGAAGAAGACGACGAUUACGAUGAUCUCUAUAACGACGUUAACGUCGGAGAUGGGUUUCAUCACUCUGUGAGAAAGAAGGACGAGGUGGAAUCAAGAAACGAUGAGGUCAAAAGAGAGGGUGAAGAGAGAAUUGAACCAAGUUUAGGUAAAACCGAAGAUGAGGUUUCGAUACCUGGUUUGGUUGGUGAGAGCGUUGCUAUCAAAGAAGAAGCAGAUUCAGAAGCAGGAGGAGCAAGUGGUACUAGUUUGGUAGUUGCUUCUAAUGGCUCUGGAGCUCAGGAGCUUAGAGUAAGCGAUGUUACCGAGCAGAUUCCUGGUGGAGGCGGGCUUAGAGUUGAGCUAGGGAAAGCUCCUAAUCACGCCAAUGAUGCGGAGGCUCCUAAAGGGAAUAACUUUUCUCAGGGUGUACUGCCACCACCGCCUAGCAUGGGAAAUAACGAGAGUUUGAUAAGACCUGUGAUGGGUAAUGUUAAUGGCGUGACUCCUCCUAGACCUGUUAGUAACGUGGUUGGGAACGGAGCUACUAUCCAUAUGCCUGGUGUUCUUACUGGUGUGGGAAACGGUGGUGGUGGUGGUGGUGGUGGCUGUUCCACUCUUUUCGUUGGGGAUUUGCAUUGGUGGACAACUGAUGCUGAACUUGAGGCGGAGCUGUGCAAGUAUGGUACUGUGAAGGAGGUUAGGUUCUUCGAUGAGAAAGCUAAUGGGAAGUCCAGAGGGUAUUGUCAAGUGGAGUUCUAUGAUCCUAUGUCAGCUACGGCUUGCAAAGAGGGGAUGAAUGGUUUAGAGUUCAAUGGUAGGCCUUGUUUUGUUGAGGUUGCUCCUCCGUAUAUGGUUAAGAGAUUGGGGGAGGCACAGGUGAACAGAAGCCAACAGGCGCAAUCUUUACUUGCACAAGCUAAGAGAGAAGGGCCUGCUGAUCCUCCGGUUAAACCAGUCGUUGCCACCAACAACAACAACAAUGGAGGGAAUUUCCAAGGUGGGGAAAAUAGAGGAUUCGGUAGAGGUAAUUGGGGUAGAGGCAAUGCUCAAGGAAUCGGUGGUAGGGGACCAGGUGGUCAGAUGAGGAAUAGGCCUGGGAUGGGUGGAAGAGGUUUGAUGGGUAAUGGUGGAGGUGGGUUUGGUCAGGGAAUGGGCACAGGGCCUCCUAUGAAUAUGAUGCAUCCAAUGAUGGGGCAAGGGUUUGAUCAAGGUUUUGGUGGACCCAUGGGGAGAAUGGGAGGCUAUGGAGGAUUCCCUGGGGCUCCAGGUCCACCGUUUCCUGGGCUUUUGCCCUCGUUCCCUCCUGUUGGAGGAGUUGGAUUACCUGGAGUGGCUCCUCACGUGAAUCCAGCGUUUUUUGGAAGAGGGAUGCCAAUGAAUGGAAUGGGAAUGAUGCCUAAUGCUGGUGGUGAUAUGGGAAUGUGGGAUCCUAAUAGUGGAGGAUGGGGUGGUGGUGAAGAUUUGGGUGGUGCUAGAGCUGCGGAGUCGAGUUACGGGGACGAAGCUGCAUCGGACCAUCAGUAUGGAGAGGUUACUCACGACAGAGGGGCUCGUCAGAAUCAUGUGAAGGAGAAAGAGAGAGCUUCAGAAAGGGAAUGGUCUGGUUCAUCUAAUAGAAGGAAUCGUGAGGAUAGAGAUGCUGGUUAUGAAAGGGACAUACCGAGGGAGAAAGAUGUUGGUCAUGGUUAUGAUAUGCCAGAGAGAAGGCAUCGUGAGGAUAGAGACACAGGUCGUGAGCGUGAGAGAGAACGUCAUAAUAAGGAGCGUUCACGCUCCAAGGAUCGUGAUAGAGAAAGGGACAGGGAGAGGGACCGUCAUAGAGAAGGAGAAAGAUAUGGUGAUGAUCACCGUAAUAGACACAGGGACGAACCUGAGCAUGAUGAUGAGUGGAACAGAGGUCGAUCAUCCAGAGGACACAGCAAAUCACGGUUGUCUCGGGAGGAUAAUUAUCGCUCGAGAUCAAGGGAUGCUGAUUAUGGGAAAAGAAGGCGGCUUGCAGUUGAAUAGUUAUUGCAUAAAACGUUAUGAGUAGAUUGACUUUGAGAGCUCCUGCAAAAUUCUGAAGCCGUUUGGAAGAAGAAAAAGAAGAAAAAAGACCUCUGGGACUCGUCACAGAAAGAAGUCUCUCACUGGUGAAAUCUCUUCUUCAACUCAGCUUAGUUAUGUAGAAGUGGAAAGAAACUUGGCAAGCGUUUGUCUUAUUUAAGUUCCAAAACUCCUCAACUUUUACCAGUUUUAUGUGAAACUUCUCAGACCAGUGUAUUGUGGUGAUGUUAUGGCCUGUCGGCCGUCCGUCCAUUUGUGUUUAGAUGUUCUUAAUUUUAAUUGUUUCUGAAUUUGUGGUGGUGUAGUUGUAUUAGUUGCAGUCGAAUAGUUAGCUUGGCCAGUGUUACUGAUCUCGUUUCUCCAUGUUUUAGCAAUCUGAGUUGCAUUGUAUGUAUUCACUGUAUGUGUAAGCCCUUCAUCUGCCUUAGGAUCACCAUGGAUACAUGACAUAUGUGUAACAGCAUGUGAUUCUUUGGGGAUUGUGUGUUUUGCGAUUUCCGAAAAGUGAUGUACUAGAUCAUCUUUUUUCUUACUGUUGUAGAGGAAAUAUAAUAGCUCCUUGUCCAAGUGUGUAUAUAAUAGAAAG